AUGAUAGAAAACGAAAAACUUCGAGAAGAAGUUGAUCGUCUUUCCGGCGAACUCGAUCACGUCAAAGCCGAGCACACUAAAUUUUUACAAAACGCGUCGCACCUCGAGGAGGAGAAUGCCAGUCUACGCCAGCACCUCGCCGUUGCCUUUGCUGCCUAUCAAGCUUUCUCUGGCGGAAGUAGUGCACCUACGUCGUCUUCUGGUGAAAAUGCGAAGCAGCCCAGUGCGCUACAUCCUCCAGAUCCCCUCAACGCAGACUCUACAUCUUCCAGCCAUAUAGAUACCGCCAUACAAGCACAACCUCUGGCGCUAUACGUCGACGCCAAUGUGCAAUCACCUUCGCCAGUACUCAGAGUCGAAAAAGAAGCUCAAACGGAGCAUGCCGUGGAUCUUUUGCAGGAGCCAACUCACGCGGGUGUGCAGACCAAUCGACUAGCAGAUGCGUCGCAGUCAUCUCGCUCGGCAAGGCACGCUUUGUCCAUCUCGCUAGAUUCCCAGCCUGUCGAUGCUAGGCUUCGAUGCAGCUCUCCCGCUAUUGAAGCUGGUCAAGAGGCUCGCACAGACGAUGGCGCGUAUCCUCGCGAGGAGUUCAUCGAAAUAUCCGAGGAGGCGGCUCAGUUCGAAGACGAUCUGACGACAACUAGUUCAGCAAGGCACGGCGCGGAUGUGCCUCUAGCGUCCCAGCGUCCCAGAAGCGGCGGAGAAGAUACGUCCGCGAAGUAUGGUGAACGCCUCGUCGAUCUGUCUUCUGGCGCCUUGAAUCUCCUACCCGAGACCGAGAUCAGUUGGAGAUGUGGUGUGAAGACUCGCUUGCCGCGUAUACGGGGAGCAACUUUGCCUUUUGAUGAAGCUCAAGUACAAUCCAUGGCGCAUCUAUUUCCCAGUGCUCGGGAUUGCCCUCACAUGGUCCAUUUCAUCUCGAUGGACCACGACCAUCCAGAUCGGACCAUACAAGAAGCUAUACGAGUGGGUGCAGAGGGCAGAACUGUGGUCGUCGAAGGAGCAGGCACGUCAAGCCAUCAUCUCGAGGCGGGGAGUACAGUGCAUCCGACAAUGAAUGAGCGGUAUAUGUCGUGCGAAGCGGGUGUAGGAGUCCUGGGCCUUGCGUUAGAUAUCAAACGUCAGGUACACGACAUGGAAAUACGCGCCAGAGGAGAUGAGACGCAUGUUCGUGAACCUCCGAAGCCCUCUGAGACUUAUGAAGACGACAUCAUCAAUGAGGACGACGACCAGGACAGUGUUACUUGCGAGACUGAUGCGACGAGUCCUACAACGACCCCCGCAUCCUUGGAUGACGAAGACGAAGGUCCCUACAUAGAAAUGACCCUUCGCGAGUUUUUGAGGGACAUCAAUGGCAAUCACAUCCGCGCCAUACUCGACUUGCCGUGCGGACUUCCGCAGAACGACGGUAUUGCGAAAUACCUCUCGGAUGGCCAUAUUGAGUGUGCAACCGCGUCGUACUCUAACCAUAACAACGAUUAUGAGCUCCGGCCUGCGGAUAUCGCUCACACCGCCAGCUGGGCACUCGCGCAUCAGGGAGGCUUCUUCACCUUUGCUCACAUCGAUGCGACUGCCAUGGGAACCUUCUUCCAGAUUCACGGUCCUGGGGAAAAGCUCUGGCUUGCUCUUGAGACGAGGGUCCGCAAUCCCACUCGUCAAAAACUCUUGCAGAGUCUCAAGAGUCUGGUUCUUGGGUGUCCAAGGCGCGCUAAUGACCCCUUGACUGAUGACGGCGCCGGAAGGGUGGACUUCAGUGUUGACGGGGAUGGCGAGAUCGAAGGGUGUAUCAUCCGCCCAUACAGUAUACAAGGGCCAGGAAAGGCUCACGCGGCAUUCACACCAGUUCCUACCGUGGCUGUAGGCGGGCACUUCAUCAACUAUUGCUUCACUCAUCACCAGGAAGUGGGUCGCUCCUUCGAGAAGCACACUGGACGCGUGGCAACAAACCACGACCAUGCCUUCGCACAAGUAAUGCUCAUCCACAUGGCGGCUGCGUUGCCCGCCCGCAUGAUGGAGAAACGAGAGUUCUAUCGCAAGCCCAUCAUUGGACUAUGCUUGAUGGUUUUGUGGCCUCGGGCUUACAUCCACAAAGGAAGCAUUCGAGACCGAGUUGGGAAGCUAAAUGAUGGCGGUGCUCAGCAGCUGCUUCAGAGGUUCCGCCGUCAUGGAAGCGAAUGGAUCAAUGGUCCGCUCGACCGGUUGGCGCAGCUCGUCUGCAUCGCCAUUCUGCGAUAUCUGUAUCCAGAGAGAUUCCCGCGGUCUUCUCGGCCUUUCGACGAGACCAGGGUGCCAGUACUUCCCGACAAGACUGACAUGGCUUGGAUUCGAGACCACUACCUGUUCGAAGGCUCCGAGCGCGACGAGGACUGGCAGCACCCAGGGCCGCUAUUACGCUUGGACAGGGUUCUGGCGCGGUACGUGAACUGGGUGCCGAAACUCAACGAUGCUAUCCUGGGACCUCUGCAUGCAAAGAUAGCGCUCGAAAACGCAGUGGCUAACUCCAGCAAUGAUGUACAAGGGACCACGGGAAGCUCAGACGACCGGGGAACAGCGGACGCCUCCGGGAUCGCCUCCGGGCACGCUGUCGGCGGCAAUCAGUCGACCCGCGCUCCCACUUUGGGCACCGGCGAGACCCCUUCGUCAACGUCCAGAAAACGAGGCGAGAAGAUCCGCUCGACUGCGACGGGCUACGGAACUCACGUUUCCGUCCAAGAACCUCGCAGUCAGCGCAAUACCGUAGCAGCGGGACGGCGCAAGACCGUCCAGAGAAAUGCGAGACCGACAUUGUCUACCGCUUCCACCGGUCGGCAUAUCCCCUUACCUCAAAAGAAGCGCAGGGUUACAGGUCAUUCGUCCGCGCAGAGUACAUCACGCGCCGCUGAAGACAUGGUGGACGGUGCCGAAAGCCAAUCAGGCUCCCAGCCGAAGAAAAAACUGCCAGAACCUGAGUUCUGGGGUAGUCUCGAGGAUGCCUUCAACAGAGGUGCAGCGAAAAAUGAGAGGACGGACAGAUCAUUGUAG